UAAGAUAACGUUUGGUAUAAAUAUGUGGAGGGAGUGUGUGAGGGUACAGUUGUCAGUUGGUGUUAGCACGAUGAAGACUGUCCUGGUAUUGGCUGGGCUCGUGGCUUUGGCCGCGGGAUCCUUCCCUUUGUACAAACACGAACAUGUGGACACCACUAAACUGGAUGAGAAAUUAGUUGACUUCCAACACAAAGUUUUGUCACUUUUCGACACUGCGGUUCAACCAUGGCAGAGCGAAUACUAUAGCAUCGGCAAACAGUAUGACAUCGAGAAGAAUAUUGACAAAUAUUCGAACCCGAAGAUAGUCCAUGAAUUCUUGUCCUUAUAUCGCGUUGGCUUCACACCUCAAUUCUACUUAUUCUCUAUCUUCCAAGAGAAGCAGAGGGAGGAAGCUGUACUCCUUUACGAACUGUUCUACUCUGCUAAGGAUUUUGAAACUCUGUACAACACCGCUGCAUUCGCGAAAGUUCAUCUCAAUGAAGGCCAAUUCUUAUAUGCCUUAUACACGGCCCUUAUUCAGCGUGCUGACACCCAGGGCAUCGUCUUACCUUCUCCCUACGAGCUAUGGCCAGAGUACUUCGUGAACAUGGAAGUUCUGUACAGGAUUUUCGCCACUCAAGUCCUAAACGGUGACUUCCCUGAGGAUGUUGCUGUUGCUAAUGGCAUUUUCAAACAAGACAACACCUUCUACUACUACUACAAUUACUCUGACGCCAUGUCUUAUGAAAACAAUGAGCACAGGCUGGCGUAUUUCACUGAAGACAUUGGCUGGAAUUCCUUCUAUUACUACUUCCACACCAUCAUGCCAUUCUGGUCAAGUGGUGAAGCAUGGGGACCAUACAAGGAACGUCGUGGUGAAAUCUACUACUACUUCUAUCAGCAACUCUUAUCCCGUUACUACCUUGAGCGUCUGAGUAACGGCUUGGGAGAAAUACCGAAGUUCUCUUGGUUUGCACCUCUGAAAGUUGGAUACUACCCGUACCUGACUCAGUACUACUAUCCUUUCGUCCAACGUAACGAUUACUACUAUAUGGGUACGCCAAGGAAUGAAGAAUAUAUCCAGUUUGUUGACACUUACGAAAAGAGCUUCCUGCAGUUUAUUCAGACCGGCCAGUUUAAGGCUUUCAAACAUGAGGUUGACUUCCGUAACUCAAAAUCAAUCAACUUCGUCGGCAACUUCUGGCAAGGAAACCCCGACUUGUACGAGAAGGAAGGAAGGCCAAGGAACUACGAACGCUCAUAUGAACAAGUUGCCCGUCAGCUCCUUGGUGCUGCUCCUGAACCCUAUGACCAGUACACUUUCCUACCCACCGCACUUGACUUUUACCAAACUUCUCUACGUGACCCUGUCUUCUACCAGCUGUAUGGCAAGAUCAUAAACUACAUAAUUGAGUACAAGGGAUGGCUGGAGCCAUACACCAGGGACAAUCUGCACUAUGUUGGUGUCAAGAUUAACGACAUCCAAGUUGAUGACCUGGUUACUUACUUCGAAUAUUACGACUUCAAUAUCACCAACGCAAUGUACUUCUCAAGCAAAGGAAGCAGUGAUUACUACCACAACUUCAUUGUCCGUCAACCACGUCUCAACCAUAAGCCUUUCACAGUCACCUUCGAUAUCAAAUCGGACGUUGCAUCUGAGGUUGUGAUCAAGCUCUUCAUGGCUCCCAAGUACGAUGGUGAAGGUCGCCUGCUUACCUUGGAAGAAAACUACAUGAACUUCGUCGAAUUAGACUGUUUCACCCACAAACUUACCAAUGGGCAGAACAAGAUCCAGCGUAAAUCAGAUGAAUUCUUCUUCUACAAAGACGAUUCCGUCCCAACUGCAAAAAUCUAUGAGCUCUUGAAACAGGGUUUGGUUCCGGAAGAUAUGUCUGAGGACUACCAUGCCUUACCUCGUAGGUUGAUGCUACCCAGAGGUACCCCCGGAGGAUUCCCAGUGCAAUUCUUCGCAUUCGUCUAUCAAUAUGAAGCUCUGAAGCCUGAAUACGAAGCCAUGAAGGAUUACGUAGUAGACAACAAGCCUCUCGGCUAUCCCUUCGACCGUCCUAUUUCAGUGCCCCAGUACUUCUACCAGCCCAAUAUGUACUUCCAGGACGUCUACAUUUACCAGCAUGGCCCUGAAUAUCCUUGGUGGAACCAAUAUAAUACCCACUUUGAUCAUCACAAUGCAGUCCCAAAACAUUAAAAAGAGUAACGAGUAGUGUAAAAGUAAUUCUUUGUUAACUCGAAAAUAAAAUGAUAAGUAUUUAAA